CCACGAAGCCCCGACCCAGAGCAACAUCAAGGCGGCUCCAGACCACAAUAUGCACGACCACCGAUGUAAGAAACCCUUUCGUAUAUGUAUUCACCGCCUAUUUCUAGGUUUAAUCUAACCAGACACAUCUAUAGCUCACUCCCUCCUUCAGCAGCUCCCUCUCACUGUUUCCCCGUUCAUCCACCUUCCCACCGCUGUAACCUUACCAUAUUCAUACCAGACACUCCCACUAUCCCUACCCCCGCCAUCUACUGCCCCCCCUCUGGGCAAUCCUCAAGGUGGUUAUGUCGUUUCACCGUCCGGAAGCUUCUCAACGACUCCCGCUGCUCUAAUGAGCUCUUGCCAGUCGCUGAUAACACAUAUUCAGUCUCAGCAGAAGGCGAAAGAGCAGAUGAUAAAGGAUUGGGAGAAGAGUAUCGAGGAGAGAGAGUUGAUGGAGAAGAGAAGAGUUGCUCCCGGUUACCUAGACACCGGACUACGGAUAUUGGAACCUACGAGAUCCACUCCUGUUCCGGCUACAAUUCCAGCUCCCGCGGCUGCUCCCCCGGGUCAAGAUAGUACGAGUGGUGGAGGGGAGGAACUCGAUAGGGUUUUCGGUAAAUUAGGGGCUCAAUGA